AUGCUCCAUAACCAACCAUUCCCGUUGAGCAGUUGUUCUGACCGCGACUUGCAUCAUCUGUGCGAGUGCCUCUGGAGGUGGGAGAUCUGCGUGGAUUGCAAGGCUGGCACCGACACCUUGAGGCAUAAUCCCUCAUGUCCGUGGCCCACAAGGGCAGCAAAAUUAUCGAGGUUCUUCGAGUAUUACAAGGUCGUUACGAGAUCAUACAUACCAGAGUUACUGCCAGGAGACUGCCCAGCACUUCGAAGCCACGAUGACUUAUUUCAUCUCAUCUCGGCUCUCAAAGAGAAGGCCGACAUACCUCGUGGCGAGCUCACGAAGUCGCACUUCGACGGCCCCCAUGUCAACAAGGGCAAUCCUCCGCCACAAUCGGAUCAGAAUAGGGCCGUGGAUCUGGCUGUUAGGGUGAUGUUGAUGAUCAAUUGUGCGGUUGAUGAUCAAUCACUCGGUCUACUUGAGUCGGGAGUCGCGCCACUAACAUGGCGCAAUGAUGAGACGCUGUGUCAAUUUCUAAAGAAGAUCUUCCCACAAGAACAAUACCAAAUCCUCGACGCGAAGACGGAUGGCAAAAGGUCUCCGGGCAUCAAGACACUGUUGACGGCAUCGAGACUCAAGUCUAUCGCCAGACUGACUAUCGAGCCCACGAAUGACAUACGCGACCAUCUUCGGCUAACUCAGAGAACGGGAGUCGUCCUGAUCUACCACCAUGUUGGAUUCUUGAUUGAAAGUCUCACUUCAGGCCACCCUUCGUCGCCCGUGGGAAGCUUGGAACAGGAAAUACGAAGGGGCAACAUUCCCCGCCAGCUAGCCUUGGAAACGCUCGAUUCCUUGCAGAGAGUCCUGUUCCCAGCUGAUAUCAAUUCGCGACAGCUAUUGCGCACUCUUGUUGCCAAGUCCUCGUUUGACCCAGCAUGUUUGAGCCUGGACUGGACCACUUACCGCAGCGAGAACGAGCAAGAAGUUGAAUAUAGGUAUCUGAGCGCUCGACUCAUGGACCUGUACGAAGAGAUUCUUAACCCUAGACCCCGUAGCACUCUUGAAAAGUGGGCAGAGCGGCGUAGCGGAGCGAGACACGUCAUGAUUGCAAUUCUUGUCGGUGUCAUUAUUGCCAUCAUUCUGGGCUUACUUGCACUCAUGGUGUCGGUUUUUCAAGCUUGGAUAGCUUAUCAAGCCUGGAAGCAUCCUGUAGCGAACCCCUAA